CAUGAAACGGGGUCUGAACAGGCAGAAACGGCGAGGCGAGGGCGUCCUGGGUUGCAGGCGUCCCUGUUUGUCGUCACCUUGCAGCUUUACCGGUGCAUACUUCGUGAACGUCACCCACGAAAAACAUAUUUUUCUGCAAGGUCACAGGCUGUGAGGAGGCGCAGAACCAUACGUAUUUGUAGAAGAUGCUGAGGGAUGAAAAGGGACAUUCGAGUUGCAGAUCGCUUUGGACAACUUCGUUGAGUCAGCUCGGGAAUCCUGUGUUUCGUGGAAGUGGCAUUGACAUGGAAGUGAACGGGAAGAUGCAUCAUUUAGAAGUGAAUGGGGGAAGUGUGCGCGGAGACACGCACAAUGCAGAUACUAUGACGAGCAUGAUUCGUCCGCUAAAAGGGCCAAAGAGAGUGUCCUCCAUACGACGCAGCGUCAGGUGUAUAUUUUCAGCGGGCAACCCCGAUGGCUCAAAGCCAUGAGUUUGGUGGUCACCCAACUUUGGAAACGAAAACCGUCGGCAUGCUCCUCGUCGGUCCCGUAUGAAUACGCCGUUACGGCACCGCUGACGGGCGACGCACGUCUGCUUCUACGUUUCACACACAUUUUUCUACGCAGUUCCGUGCACACGUGUCACACACUUACCUUCGCAUCCCUCGCUGCGCACCCCCCUCCGUACAAAUACUGAACAAGUGAAUAGACGCUUGGCAAUAAGGGUGUGAACACCGGACCGACGAGGAGCAUGCCGACGGUUUUCGUUUCCAAAGUUGGAUGACCACCAAACUCAUGGCUUUGAGCCAUCGGGGUUGCCCGCUGAAAAUAUACACCUGACGCUGCGUCGUAUGGAGGACACUCUCUUUGGCCCUUUUAGCGGACGAAUCAUGCUCGUCAUAGUAUCUGCAUUGUGCGUGUCUCCUAGUCAAAGCGGAUGUGUUUCCGCUUUUCGUGCCCGUGUGCCACGAGUCCCGGUUUUGCUUGGUAGGCGAACGAGCGCCGGCUUCCUGCGACUGGAACAGAACCAGAGGCAUUUGCCCUUUUUCCCAACUUGACGACACAGGCACCGAAUAUGCGUCCUCGAGUUUUUUCGGGGAACUGUUCUCAGCAAGGCCAGUUCCGUGUGAGUCGUUGGUGUGUGUGUAUGUGUGUGUGUGUGUGUCUGGAUGACUUAAACUCCCCCCGACGCUCCUCGCGGUAAGCGUGGCUGUGGCAUCGAUCAGCGUAGCGCGUUUCGCAGCCCCCGAAAUUUCGGCAAUCCCGAGGCUACUUGAAUGGUGAAUAUGGGCGAGUCUCGCGGAUGGUGCCGGAUUGUUUGACAGAUCCAGUUUGCGUUUGCCCUUUCUUCGAGGUGAAGACGGUUUUGUUUCUCGAGUCACGGCCGAGUCGUGGAGGAAAAAGCCUUGUAGCUGCGGGUCAAACCUGUACGCGGCCGCUGUCCGCGCGUAACGCGAAACCUGAGAGGGCGGCUGCACACGGUCACCGAUAAGGGUUUCCCCCCCCCCCCAAUCUUUUGGUUGUGCACGACCCAUUGCGUCAAAUAUCGAGUUUUUCACAUUCUGUUUCGUUGUAUUUCUUGUGGACCGACUCAAAGGCACUCGAAUACGUCGCGAGGGUCGCGCCUCAACGCGCCGCGCUGCCGUGGCAGAGACGUGCCAGACUCUUGCGCGCGGGGGCUGUCGCCGUUGCUUGUGCAAGCAUUCUGUGCGUCGCGUUUUUUCGAAGCAAGCCCGUGUUUUCUGGCGCUCACUUCUUGUCGCAUGCGUUUUCCUCCAGCAAGCUGUCAUUCUGCAUCCCGAAAAGAAGAGAAGCCCUCGCGAGACGCCGAGAUGCAGCCCCGGCUGAUCCGGACCGUCCUGGCGACCCCGGGAUCGGCGCCAAAUAGCGCGCCACUGCGUCCGCGAAUCCGCAGACCCUCGUUUUCUUUUUUCCCUCGUUUCUCCAACUCGUUCGCCUCCGCCCGCUGUCUCCUCUUCUUUUCGCUCCUUCUCUUUGUCGCUCUGCCCCCCGCUUUCGCUGCUGUGCGCAGCAACACAGGCACCUCGCGUGAAGCUGGCGAAGUCGACAACGCGCAGCCGGCGGCUGACCCCGAAGUCUCUCGAGCACCGCCCGCCUUGGCGCAGCCGAAAGUUUCCUUCAGAGGCUGGAAGCACGGUUUGUCGAACCGCAUCACCCCCAUUGUGCAGGUCGAGGAUGUUUUGGUUUCCUCGGGCGGCAUCAGGCGCCAUGGAGAUGCCGUGUAUGGCGAGGACGCUCGCCUGCGUCUAGGCGAGCCGUACCCCGGCACAGCCGCGCUCGUGAAUCUGCUUUCCAGGGGACCGUUCCCCGCCGGGAAGACGCCGCGGAGCAGCAUGACGCGACCGAUGGUGACUGCCCCCCUCUUCGUCACCCUGCCCUUCCUCCUGUCUGCCUUCGUGCCGGCUUGCCGCCCCGGCGAGUGCAGGCGAAACCACGCGCAGCGUCGCCGCGUCGAGGGCGAAGGCGCCGAGGCCGCAGAGGCAGAGGACAAAACGGAGGACCAGGCUCGGGAGGCCGAAGUCGCGCGAACGCGGGAAGUCGAACUCGAACUCGUCCAACUCAUCGUCAAAAAAGACCUCAACGACGCAGUCAACAAGACCACUCGAGAAGCCAGUUCCACGUGGCAAGCCGGUGCUUGGUGGUCAGACCUCCCACCCAGUGUCGACCCGUCCAAAACGACGCCUCAGCAGGCUGCCACUCACGUCGUUCAACUCUUGCAAGGUGCUGCCCACGCUCUGGGACCCUCGAACUCUUUUGUCUACUUUUUCUCUACCAGCACACCUCGGGGUCUCUUGGAUGCCUGCGCAUCCACGUUUCUCGACCGUAAUAUCGGCGUGUUCUUGCAUGUGCCAUCGCUGUCCGCGGAAGACACGGUGUCUCUUCCCCACGAAGCCUUCGUCUUCCCUCUGGCGACCCUGGGACGAUCGAGGCCCACGCCUAUUCCAGCUGUCGUGUUGACCUACGACGUGACCGCUCGCCAGACCGUGACGGUCGACCGGCCGACGCCUUCUUUGGGAGAUGUGUCGCCUGAGCUCUUGGGGAAACUCGCGACGCAGUUGCAGCCGCGGCUUUUGCGAGUUCUGAAGUUCUUUGGGCAGGAACCACGCGCACAUGGCCCUCUGCCGGUCAUCUUUGUCAGGUUCAGAAAUGUAGAAAUUCAGCAGAUCGUCGAUCCGUGGCACGGCCACCCGUCGAGGUAUCUGCAGCUGCAGAGAGAGGGGAAAGCUCCCGCUUCCAACAACUUCGCCCGACUCACGCCCGUCCCUCCUGAAGAAGCUUCUGGAAAGGGCCAUGCGUUCGACCCCGAGAAACACCUGCAACACGCAGUGCCCAUCAUGACCUACCGAACGACGGUCUCUGCUGCCGCCCAAGCGCAUGUGAUGAAUCUUAUCAGCAGCGCUGACUUUGCAGAACUUGCGAUCUUGACAGUAAAAGACUUGCGUGGUCGCGGGCCACUGUUCCAGCCGGCGACGCACGAGUACGUGUCGGCUCUGAAGAGCGACUGGAAGGUUUAUGUGACUCUGGCGAAGACUCCGAACCUGAUUGAGGACAAGCAGCUCGCCGAGACCCACGAGUUGAUCUUGCGGGCGAACGAGGACUUUUCCGCCGAGCGCAUGCACUGCAUCAAGAAGUACGUCCUGACGAUGAGUCAGGAGGACCCCUUGUUCGACUUCACCAAGACGUUCUGCUACAACUUCCCCGAGGUUCGGUACCCGUCGAGCGCCGGUGGCAGCGAGUUCGUCGCGAAUGCGGUGACGGCAGGUCUCGCGCUCCGGGAGCUGUUUAACUUCACAGUCUGGCCCAGUCGGUCGAGACAGGAGAACGAGGACGAGGCGCAGGCCUCCGGUUUGUCCGCCGCCUCGCAGCACGUUCGAGGGGUGCGGCUGCCCUCGCCGCACCCUCCCAUGCGCAAAGAAGACAGGCCCGCGAGUCGCGCUGAGGAGGCCCGACGUGCCGUCCUCGAGAGGCCUUUGAGUGGCUCGCUGCUGCAAGCUUCCCAACUCGAAGGCCAGACCUCAGGGGAUGCAGAUGAGAACGCUGAGAGCCGUCUAGCUAAGAACCAGGAGGUCGUGGAAGAAGGAGCAAGAAGUGUCGACAGUGAAAAGGAAGGUCAGGGUCUAGAAGCCGGUAGCCACGGACAGAGCGAGCACGCAGAGGUCGGUGGGCGUGAGGAAACGCAUAGCGAAGAAGGGAAGGGAGCUGCGAAAGCAGUGAGGGAGGAAGAGAAUCUGAACAAGCACCAACAUGCAGGCACUGUGGCGACUUUCCACGGCACCAUUCCCGAGGCGUUCGCACAAAAAAUGCAGGAAAACUUCGGUCCCCGAUGGAUCUCACUGCUCCAACUCCUAGGAAGUGUCAGCCUCACUAACGACUACCUCAGGGUCCUCUCCUGGCUAGCGUCUGAAGCUGAUUCCGACGCGAUGACACUUCCUGCGAGACGAUUACUUGUCCGCCGUGAUGCGGAGGUCUCUCUCUCGCUGUCGGCGGCCCUACGGCAUCACGUUGCUGUCUUCUACGAAAACCAAGUCGAAGGAAACUUGUCUCACCCAGUUGUGCACAAGCAUGAACGACAGUACAAGGUGGCUGAGGAGGGCCUAAGGCGCUUUCUUAGGGAUCUUGUUUCCUAUUCUUCAAAGAAGUGACUGUGCAGCAUCAGUGGUCGUGGAAAAGCACACGAAACCGCACUUUUUGAAAGGCACCCGUACUGAUGCCUAACUGUGCAAACCAGCCAAGAAUCUUCUCCAGUUCGUGCGAGCGAGAAACUCGCCAUUACAUUAAGGGGCGACUUCUCACAUGUUUGAAUCCAGAAGUGUUUCAUGCCAGGACCGACGGACGAAUACAUUCCGUAGCUGGGCGUCGCUUAGCCCUUUUGGGAUGCUGCAGGCGAUCUGUGUCCAUGCCAAAAAGCUUGCGCUCUCUUCGAUGUGCACCGCCUACACUCGACGAAGUCUAUUAGGUAGCAGCGUGUCCAGAGUGCAUUCACGUAGCGGUAAUGACGAAGAUUUAGCGAAACUUCCAACUACCGCAGAAAGGUUCUGUACAAAUGCUCGCAUCGAAAUCGUCUGGGCAUAGCGAUAACCUGCGUCCAGGACACAUUGCAAUAUGACGAUCGGUCAUACUCGAGUUCUGCACGAGCAUGUGUCUCUUCCAGCCUCUAUUAUGGGGGCCCUGUGCGCUGACGCAUCCAUCACAGACUGCAGACAGUUAGCGGACUUGGUGACAGGCAAACGCAGCGUCUUUCCAUGGUGCAAUAAAUGCUAACUCCUCAGUCAUCUGGGAAACCGAGAUGUCGCCGUACUCUUCUAUGACCGACGUCACAAUGAAUCGCGAAGUAGUGCGUCUAUAUGAGAUGAAGCAUUUUCAGUACAUGAAUUGAAAGGGUUCGUUCAUGGAGUGCGCUUCCAACGAGUUAUAGCGUGAAUGCGGACUUCGUGGAGUGUCUGCUAUCUUUGUAACCAAGUGUUGUUUCUACUGAGCUUGUUUGAGUUCUGUACCCGAAUACCGUUAGCCCAACAACGGUAAUAAUGACUGCAUCGACCAUCAGACGUUACUUCUGUGUCAUGUACACUUGCUGUGGCUCACUGCAACCAUCUCAUACCAAAACUAGGCAGCCCCCGUCAGUCUUCGACGAAGCACUGUGGGCAAACACUUCUCAAACAGGCUACCCGUCCUUCAGAAGUUCUCUAUCGACUUGCCAUGGGGUAGAGCUGCAUAGCAUGCCGGCGCGAAACGGAGUCGUCCGGGCAGCAGCAGUGGUGCGAGCUCGUGCCUGGCUGUCAAAACAUUGUUGUUUCGGCGCAACCGGCCUCAUGUUCUCUCUUUAAAGAAUAAGAGUUUCCUCGGAGCAUCUCCGUCGUGACUGCACAUGUCACAGAACCCCUAACGCCUGUGUUAUAGUUUAUAGAUACGCGAAACCGUAUUGUGACAGGAAACGAGGCGUCGUACUUUUUGCUGAUUUGAGACUGACUUCCACCACGAAGUCGUCCGAGCUUCCUGGUGAUUCACCUUUGCACACAGAAGUGUUGAGCUCACGAUAAGCACACUCCUAAAAAUUAAGCAUAUUGCCAGUCUAGGCCCCGAUAUCGACUUUCAUGAAUCUGACAAGGGACUCAUUCGUCACAAAUCAUUCAGUUAAUAGCAAUAGACACUGCCACUCUAUCCCUCUCUGCUGGUACUGUUGGCCUCACAUGCAGUCCCCCACAUUCGGCGCCUCUACAUGAAGUGCCCUGAAGAGGUAAUUCAUUGCUCCUCAAUCUGGAAGGGAACGAAAAAAACAAACGGAAAUUGCGCAGCGCACUGAUGGCAGCAGGGGAGAACACCGCGGGCACGAUCCUGGGUGAAAGAAGAGCUCAGCAGUCGCCAACGUCUGAAACCUCUGAGAACGUUCACGCUCGCAUUAUGCCAAAAGCUGGCUCAGAUGAAAUACACAGGUGCAAGCAGUUGAAAAAGGAUACUAUGGAGAUUCCGACUUCCGCGACCGUAAGUGUCUUAUCAUCUUGCGCCACUCCUUGCUUUCCAGCUUCCUCAGGGCGUUGUAUAGCAAUCUAUAUUCCUCUUCAGUCUCCUCGUGAUCCAGUCUAUACUUGUGACGGUAAUAAACGGACGUCAAGUACUCUACUGUGGCGAGGGUGCCCAGAAAUGCGGUCAAAGGGGUUGGUGAUGAGACAAGAAUAGACAACAGCGCCAUCCCCAUCAGUGUUCCUCCGCGUAGUCGAGGUGGCGGCCUGUAUGAAGGCACAGAGGGAACCAUCCCAUUCGAGAAACGCAAACGCAGUUCUUCUUCCAACAAGUCCUUGUCCUCUGUCAGCUUCUGAUCUACUGGAGAAUCACCCGCCGACACAUAUCGUAGCGGGUAUUCGCUGAUCCCAACGAGUACGAUUAGCAACACAGCAAUGGAAAGUUUCAUUGUUACUAUUUCGAAGCGGUUUUGUGCGCAGAUGCGAAACAUUGAUAGUCACACAGGUCUUCUGAUUCCCCACUACGCAGCUGCAACAUACUCACCGCCUCUCAAAACAUCAUGAAAAACAAGUAAUAGGACGCGAAAAAAAAAAACAAGAACACCUGAUGCACGAGUGUUACGCCGCAGAAGGCAGGAACAUCCGUGUAAAACUCGUCGUGUCGGAGCAUAGCCUCCAGAGACGCCCACUUCAUAUCGCUAAACGCGGCAUUUGGUUCCCCAAAUGAUAAUUAUCAUACGUUACGGCAUGACUCCUGUGAAUGAGGCACCGCCUUCCUCACGUAACUCUUCUCGUUGGCGAAAGGUGCCGCACAACAAAGUGUGGCUGCGCAACCUCACUGGAAUGCAGAGCGAGACGUUGCGACGCGACGAACCGCUCCACCAAUGCGUGACAGGAUGCUAGUCUUUAACGGUUUUUCUUCAGCUUGCAGCAAAAUUACUAUUCUGUUUUUUUGACGGCCCGGCACUGCCCUACGCGAAAUGUGAUUUGUCGCGGCAGUUGCGGGGUCUCCCCGGUUGCCCGGAUACCAGAGUAGGCCGAGAGGCAGUGGCCAGCAACGUUGUAGACUACCAAGCAUCGAUCGCGACUUCUCUCACAAAUCUGUUAGUCCUGAAGCCCUUACAGGAAGGCUCACGACGCCGAGAACGCUGUCUAAUGUCAAGGGGAAGAGGACUAGCAUACCUCGGGGCAACCGAGGAGCCUUCAUUCGACAGCGUCUCGCUCCUCUUGGUACAAAUCAGCAAUUUGUCUUUUGAAAGAGAUACCGCCCUUUUGUCUCUUGAAUGCCCAUCGGUAGAAUCCCCCUGACGAACAGAUUCUAGUGAAUAGCGUCUUCUGUUCGACCACCACCUUCAGUCAAACGGUAUCGCGAAGAAGUGGUGACGAGGUCGGAACAGAUGAUGUGCCCAAAAUCCAGAUUCGGGUUGCAUAUAGGUUGUGCUCGUGGUUCUUUCCUGAAUCGUGUGCUCGGAACAUGGCCGCUUUCACUGAGUGGGGACACCUUUACAUCCUUCCACACGUCCCUUUAUUCUAUUAAAUUGGCUAUAAGAUGAUAGCCAACCUAAAGCAUCACAUUCACCCAGAUUUACAUAAACUACCUUUUUCUGGGGAGUAUAAACUACGAGUCUGACUACUUGUUCAGAUCUUGCUGACCUCUGCUCACGGCAGGGGGAUGAACAUUCAGUGGUUGAACUGGAAACAGCUUCACGUGCACAGAUGCUCGUGGCCUGGCGGACGUCGUACCACCCUGGGGCGAACUGCAACGUACCAUAUCUAAAUACGAGGACUGGAGGCGAC